AUGACCAUGACCACCAUGCCAGAGAGUCUCAACAGCCCCGUGUCGGGCAAGGCGGUGUUUAUGGAGUUUGGGCCGCCCAACCAGCAAAUGUCUCCUUCUCCCAUGUCCCACGGGCACUACUCCAUGCACUGUUUACACUCGGCGGGCCAUUCGCAGCCCGACGGCGCCUACAGCUCGGCCUCGUCCUUCUCCCGACCGCUGGGCUACCCCUACGUCAACUCGGUCAGCAGCCACGCGUCCAGCCCCUACAUCAGUUCGGUGCAGUCCUACCCGGGCAGCGCCAGCCUCGCCCAGAGCCGCCUGGAGGACCCAGGGGCUGACUCCGAGAAGAGCACGGUGGUGGAAGGCGGUGAAGUGCGCUUCAAUGGCAAGGGGAAAAAGAUCCGCAAACCCAGGACGAUUUAUUCCAGUUUGCAGUUGCAGGCUUUGAACCGCAGGUUCCAGCAAACUCAGUACCUAGCUCUGCCCGAGAGGGCGGAGCUCGCGGCCUCCUUGGGACUCACGCAGACGCAGGUCAAGAUCUGGUUCCAGAACAAGCGCUCCAAGUUCAAGAAGCUGAUGAAGCAGGGCGGGGCGGCUCUGGAGGGUAGCGCGCUGGCCAACGGCCGGGCGCUGUCUGCCGGCUCUCCUCCAGUGCCGCCCGGCUGGAACCCCAACUCCUCUUCCGGGAAGGGCUCGGGCGGCAGCGCGGGCUCCUACAUCCCCAGCUACACGUCGUGGUACCCCUCGGCGCACCAAGAAGCUAUGCAGCAACCCCAGCUCAUGUGA